CGACGCUGAUUGGGCCAGCGCAAACUGAAGGAGCCGGGGGGUCCAACGACAACUGAGAAUACAAUACAUCGGAGUAGAGCAAAAGGACGACAGUAACGGUUUACUGUACGGUAGAACAUGCCUAUCAGUCACAGCAACGAUAGGAAACCUAACAGAACCCUCCGCGCCCCGAGGUCUUCUUCGCCUGUCCCUUACCUACCUACCUUAGGCAUCUGCACCCUCAAAAGGAAAAGCUCCAAAGUCUAGAGUGAGUGAGUACCUGGGUUUUUUUUUGAAAUUCUUUGCCACGGGACCUGGCAGGCGGCUUCUUCCUCCAUCCAACUGUCUACGGUAAAUCAAGCGAAGCGAGACAACUUUGCAACCUAUCAUCUACUUGGCACCAAGGACCCAGUGAGGAUUGGAUCUCAUCGACGACACCAUCACCCAAGCUUCAUCCGGUCCUCUCAUUGCCAAGCACCGGACCCCUUACGUAGCCCUGGGUCUCCUUUCUGAGGCGACCUGACGUAGCGCAAAGUGCCACUCUGGCAGGAACCACGAGAGCUGGAGGAGAUCACCUGAAUACAGAGCCAACCAGUAACCGAUCCGAUACGCUCUUGGUGUGAUAUUGGGCAUCGCGACACCUGCGAAAGCCCAUUGGCCUUGUUCUACGACGUAAAAACGACCACUAGAGACAUUAAUACUUGCUUCUUCGUGUCUCGGAAACAUCCCCGCAUCUUUCCCCCAAUCUCCUUGGAAGUCUUUGCCGGCAAGCGGCAUUUGACUUCCAGCUUUCAACAUGAAGUUUGGAAAGUAUAUACAGAAACGACAGCUCGAGUUUCCCGAGUAUGCAGCAAGCUUUGUUAAUUACAAGGCCUUGAAAAAGCUGAUCAAGCGGCUCUCUGCUACUCCUGUACUUGGAGCACAAAAUGAUAUUCACCAUACCGCCGGCACCCUAGAUGCCCAAGGUCUUUUACAAGCCAACAAAGCAACAUUCUUCUUCCAGCUAGAGCGCGAGCUUGAGAAAGUGAAUGCUUUCUAUCUGCAAAAGGAAGCCGAGCUCAAAAUUCGGCUCAAAACCCUUCUCGACAAAAAGAAGGUCUUACAAUCGAGAGGUCAUGGAGUCUCGAGGCGCUCCGCCAAGUUCGCUACUCUACAGGAAGGCUUUCAGCAGUUCGCAAACGACUUGAACAAACUACAGCAGUUCGUAGAGAUUAACGGAACCGCCUUCUCAAAGAUUCUGAAGAAAUGGGACAAGACAUCAAAGUCCAAGACGAAGGAAUUGUACCUAUCGAGGGCAGUCGAAGUCCAACCAUUCUUCAACGCCACAGUCAUUAGCGAGCUCUCCGAUCAGGCCACAACCAGUUUGCAAGAACUAGGCGCCUGGGCAGACGGCGACAACGUGACCUUUAGUGACCACCGGGACCAUAUAGUCACCAGCCAGAAUCUACUAGGAACUGACGAAGGCGAUGUCGACACCCUGCUGUUGGAGACGGUGAUUUCGGGUAACCUGGACUCGCUGAAGGACUUACUAACGCGGAUGCGCUCGACUUCUCCUGACCCCGGCGCUACGUCAGACAUGGAUGUUCCCCUUAAAGAACGCAUCACUAGGACAUUUCUUGCCUCGAUAAACGAGGGUCCUCAAGCCUCAUUAGAGGUACUCCUCAACACGGGUUUGGUCGAUAUCCAGUCAGAAGACGACAUAAAUGAGAGAAACUGCUUGCACCAAGCCACCAUAUAUAGCAACUCGUUUGUUCUGCAGUACGGUCUGUCAAAAGGGGUUUCGGUCAGCCGCACAGAUGUCUACGGCAGGGUCCCAUUACACUACGCCAGUAUGCACGGGCGCCUCGAUAUGCUUGCUGCAUUACUAGAAGCCGGUCCCAAGACUAUUGACCUAAUCGACCACGACAACUUCACGCCCCUCAUUCACGCCAUAAUACACGGACACUAUGAAUGCGUCAACCUACUGCUGCUGAACUCGGCACGCAUUGAUCCCAUAUCAGACACGGAUCAUGUUCCUGUGAAUUUGGCAUGUGAGCACGGCUCGGCAGCAAUCGUAGAGCUGUUGUUGAGGCAGGGUGCCAAGAUUGUACCGGACGCAGAAGGACUUUACCCUCAGCAUCUGGUGGCAAGGUCGGGACAGACCUCCGACCUGCUUCUACUACUCAACCAGUAUGGAGCAGACCUCAACCAGAUGGAUAAGCUCUACGGUUGGACACCACUUGUCCACGCCGCCAGCGAGGGUAACGUACCCUGUCUCAAGGUACUUCUCGAGGUUGGAGUCGACCCCAAUAUCCUCGACGAGAAGCAUCUUCCAGCUCUGUACUAUGCGGCUUGGGAGGGUCACUUGGAGUGCAUGAAACUACUGAGUCCCUUCAAUCGAACCAAGGCCCCGAGCCCACUGGUUAGGCCCAUUCCAGCCACGCCCCUUAGCCUUCUGGGUAGCAGUAGUGCCCCAAUCCCAAUGGCACUGGACCCCGAUGCCAUCCCUGUGCUGGAGCUACCGCCGCCAAUAAUCCCGUUGCGGCGAUAUGGGCACAACUUCUUGGACACAAAGACGGUCGUCCAGAUCAACUUUGGCGAGGGUGGCCAGCAGCCGCUGAUGUUCUUCCAUAACAGCAAGUAUCCGGCCUCUCGACUCACCAUCUCCUCCAAGGCAUCCGACCUGAUUCCGAAGAACAUCAUUCUCCCCUUCCAAGAGGACACCCGUCUCGUUUCAUUCCAUGUCGACAAUCUCGAUUCUUUCACACUGGACUUUGACGUUUUCCCUGCCUAUGGAGCCAAAGUCAUUGCCAAGACCGUGGCUCUCCCGAGCACUUUCCGGGCUUUGCUGAGUAGCGCGGGUAACAGUUGCUGCCUGCCGCUCUUCGACCCGAGGUUGCGAGCUAUAGGUCAGAUUAGCUUCCACACUCAGGUCAUCAAGCCGUUCCGAGGCGUUCCGCUCGAAAUCUCAGACUUUGAGACAUACUGGAAGGCCACAAGUCAGUUAGACGGGCAACCGAGCACAAUUGUCUCGGAUUCUAGCCUCUCUGGGGAUUUUGUACGCCUCCACGUCCAACAAACCAGCGAUGGGGUGCCAGUUCUCUGGCCCUACUGGACGGUCAGCUGCGGUAAUGGGGUCGCAGUUCCGGUCGCUCGUUUGAAGUACGAGCAAUUUGCAAUAGCCGUGGCGGCAUCUGGACCUGCUGUAUUCAACAACGUCAACGAAAGGGUAUCGGGUAUAGCUAGGCAGGUAGCUUCGACACCGCCGGACCGCAUCUCGUAUGUGCACGAGAUACUAGCCACUUCUGGCGUUCGACUACAGGAUGCAUUCCUAAUGUUGCCGGCAGGCAUGCACGUCAACCUGCAGAUAAUCUACCCGACUGCGGAAGAGGACAGAGAGCUUGGGCUGCUGGGGCCUGGAGCGGAUAUGAACACUUUUGCGGACGACGUCCUGUCCGUGGUGUUUGACCACGCGCGUGCCCAGCGGGCCCAGGCGCCGGAUGCGGUUAGAUCCGUCGUCUUCAGCUCUUACAACCCCAGCUUGUGCACGGCGCUCAACUGGAAGCAGCCAAACUUCCCCGUGUUCCUCUGUAACGAUCUUGGCCAGGAGACGGCAGAUGGCAUGGCGCCACAGAUUGGGGAUACGGACAGAGCAUGCGGCAGCAGGACUUCGUCGAUCAAGGAAGCCGUGAGGACGGCGGAGAGCAACAACUUCAUGGGCUUGAUAUGUUGCUCUCGUUUACUUGACAUGGUGCCCGCGCUCGUGGAUGCCAUCAAAUCCCACGGCCUGGCUCUCGUGGUCGACAAGUCAAGAGAGCGGCAGCCGGAUAGCGGCGGUCUGGUCGUGGACCGCUUCCCGCGCCUACCUAAUGGAGUGGAUGGAGUGUUGAAGGGUAAUGGAGUGCUACGGUUUAACGAAUCCAUUGACAUGUAACGAAAUAUCCUUUCGUUUUAAGUCCAAUUCAUUCAGAGAUUUUGCAGAUAGGAAUUCGUAGGGCUAGGGAUCGAGCUCUUGUCUUGAGAGUGAAAUCAAGUCAAGUCAUUAGCAGUAUCAGAAAAGUCCUCCCCGUCAGGAUUCCUCUGAUACAAGUGCGAAAGUAGCGUAAGCUGGCAGUAGUGUGCUCGGCCUAUGUUCUCAUGUUGAGGAGGUAUCAUACUCAUAAAUCGUAUACAUUUUUACAACUUCUUGACAAACCAAACCAGCUCUACCAUAAACUCGGGGCACCCUUUUCAAAUUCAGGGAAAGCCGGUAAAGAUAUUCAGGCAGAAAAGCAAAGUACAAGACAAAUAUAAAAAAAGAAAUAUUUUAAAGACGG